AUGAAAGCCAAAGUUCAAAUGAGUGAAGAAGUAGUGAGUGGUCCGGUGUCGGGUCCCCCUGUGUGGCUGGUCGCUGGUCCACCCCUGUGCUCGGCGACGUGGUCGAGUUCGGAGCGCGCUCUGCCGGCGGACGUGGCCGACGCCGUGCGAGACGCGCCACUCUACCCCGUGCUCCAGCACGACGCAAGCGACGCGACCGACGCGACUGACGCGACCGACGCGACCGGCUCGACCGACGCGACCGGUGCGACGGACGCGAGCGCCACCGACGCACUCACGCACGAUGUCAGGACCAAGCGCAGCAGCGGACAGGACUGGGAGCGAGCGUCUAAAGUUACGACGCGGCGCGUGAAGACGGGCGACACGAUCCUGAACAUCCGCGGCGCCGUGCGGGACGCCAUCGGCGACGCGGGCGCCGCGCCCGGCCCGCGCGCCUCCUCGCGCCUCGACACCUUCGUCAUCCGGCCCGCGCACGCGCCGCAAGCGCGCAAGCCGCAGCACGACCAGCCCGCGCCGCAGCCACAAACUAAUCAGGUGGUGAAGUCAGAACGUGAACUCCUGGUGGAGGCUCACGCGCGCGCGCGCAUCGAGUGUGACGUGAGCAACAGCAGCGACGUGCGCUGGUACAAGGACGGGGAGCUGGUGUCGGGUGGGGCGGGAGGGGAGGGGGUGUGGCGCGACCACGCCGCGCUGGUGGUGGGGCGCGCCACCAGGGGGGACGCGGCGCUCUGGCGCUGCACAUACACCGACCGCAGCGGGAAGACCGUGUCGGGGAAGCCCACCAAGCUGCUAAUAUACGAGCCGGUGCGCUCUGUGUACCUGGCGGUGGACGGGCGGCGGCUCGACGCCGGCAACACGUGGGUGCCCGUCAGAGACAAGACUGAGCUCGAAGUGCGCUGCGUCGCUGAAGGCGGCGUGCCCCCGCCCGAGCUGUCGUGGCGGCUGCUGGCGCUGGAGCCGGCGCUGGACCACCGCCCCUACCUCCGCGUGCAUCACACCAACUACUCCAUCGAGGGCGUGUCGGUGUCGCAGGCGGUGGUGACGGCGGCGCGCGAGCUGCACAACGCCACGCUGCAGUGCGAGGCGCGCCAGCGCACCGCCCCGCCCGCCCCGUCAGCCCCGCCCGCCGCCCCACCCGCCCCGCCAGCCGCCCCGUCCGCCCCGCCAGCCGCGCUCAUGGCGGCCAAGCUCGAGAUACACGUCACAUAUCCGCCGUCGUUCGUGAUCUCGCGCUGGCCGGGGUUCGGCGUGUCGCUGUCAGCGGGCGGCGCGGCGGCGCUGCGCUGCGACGUGGACGCCAACCCGCCCGCGCGCGCCUGGUGGCUGCGAGACGACGCCAACCCCACCAGCUCGCCGCCGCCGCUGGAGUCGGGCGACGAGUCGGCGCGCGGCUCGGCCACGCUGCGCUGGGCGGCGCUGCGCGGGGCUCACGCCGGCUGGUACCGCUGCCGCGCCUCCUGGCUCGACGCCGAGUACUCCUCCAUCGGGUACUACCUCAACGUCAUGGCUCCCGAGGAGCACACGGAGGCGGCGACGGAGAGCGAGCCGGAGCCCGAGGAGCCAGAUCAUCAGAAAGUGGAGGUGCCGCUCGGGGGGAACGUGCAGCUGCACUGCCCUAAAGGCAGCGUGGGUUGCUGGUGGCGGCGCGUGGUCGGCAACUCCAGCGAGAGCUGGGCGCCCGCCGGCUCGCACCACGCGCAUGGAGUGCUGGGUAUAAAGGAGGCGCUGUACCAGGAGGGCGGCGAGUACCGCUGCGUGGGAGCGCGUGCACCCGACCUCACGCGCCUGCGCGAGCUCAAGCGAGUCACGCUCAAAGUUACCGGCGGCGCGACGGCGACGGCGCUGAGCGCAGAGCCGGCGGCGGGCGGGUGGCGGCUGGAGUGCGGCGCGUGCGGGCGCGGCGUGCGCGUGCUGUGGGUGCGCGCCGGGGCCCCGCUGCCGGGGGCCCUGCUGCCCGGGGCCCUGGCGCCCGACCUGGCGCAGCACUGCUGGCGCGCGGUGCUGCACGUGGCGGAGCCGGACGAGGUGUGGUGCGUGGCGGCGGCGGGCCGCGCGGGCGCCGUGGCCGUGUUCCCGCGCCGCGCGCCGCCCGCCUCCCCCGCGCCCGCGCGACACACCGUGCGCGCGCUGCACAACACUGCCGCACCGAACACCGCAGUACCCGCGCUGCUGCUGCUGCUGAGCGCGCUCACUCUGCACUGAUGACGUCACCAGGAAAUGGCGAAGCGCUUCCGAACGCCACCUUAAUGAUGCCGACUGUGGUAAGGCAGCAGGGAUCCUGCCACUAGUUCAGGAUCAGUCAUACAGAAGAUAGAUGAGCCUCGAGGAUCGCGAGGCGCUUCGCAAGUCAUAGCUGCGGCGCGGUUAUGAUAUGAGAUAUCUGUCGGUUUGAAUGACCAUCCUUUCAAAGUGUCGUAGUCAAACUGCUGGACAGUCGUCGUGCGGAGUCCGAAAUGCAUUGAAAAUUAGAAGAAGCCAGAUAAGUGUAGUGAUAAACAUAAACAGUGAAACGUCCAAGUUCAAAUGUGUGUGAAGUGAGGCGCGUGUUGUGACGUCACUGCGGUGUGACGUCACGGCGCUUGUUGUAAAGUUUACGCUCGUUGUCCACAAACUGUAGCAUUCGUCGAAUGUGUUGUUACUCGUCCAAGACGAGCUGACUAGUCUCUCUCCUCCUUAGUCUUCGUAGCUCCUACUGUAUCACGUGACUAUUGUUUACUCUAGCGUGUCUGUACUCGUGUGUAUCCCGCACGCACACACACACAACACACGCCGCGUCGUGACAUGCGCUGUGUGCGAGUGUGUGCGCUCGGCCUAAUCCUUGUAUCCCUUGCGUUAUCUCUUCUCUCCACUUCCUGUAUCCUCUUGUUUUCUAACGUAAUUUAUAAACAGGAAUCAAAUGUGCCAAAUUGUUGAUAUUUUAAUAUUUAAAAUAGAUUUUUCUUAUAUUGAUUAUUAUAAAUAUAUGGUCGAUUAUUACGUUACGUUCGUAUUAAAUGGAAUGUGAAUUAGUGCAAUGUGAACACCAAAUGAAUUAUAAUGUAAUGUAAGUGAGAGUUAGGCUCGUGCUGGUGGAAGCAAUAGCGGCGCCGCGUCAGAGCUCUGCCCCACGUGGAUAGCAAUAAUAUAUCGCGUCUGACGCGUCGCGCCGCAAAGCUAUAACUAUAAUAUAUUUUAUAUAGAUGUCAAAUUCUUAAAGUAUAAAAAUACUAUGUAUCAUAGCUUAAACUGAAGUAUGUAAAUUUCGAUGUCAAUUUUAGUCGUCCGUUUAGAUCGGGCGUUUUUUGUAUGGACAAGAUACUAAUAAUAUUUGCUACCACAAUUUUUGCAACAAUCUCGUAGACUAAGGUUUGUCCAACGUUGGCGUUGGUGUUGAUGUUGGUUGGUUAGUUUGUGUUUCGUUUUGUUCUUCUGAUGCUCGGCGCUGUCUGUGUGUAGCCAAUGUUUGUGACUCGGGAGAUACUUUGUGUCAUGUCUAUAGGAUUGGGUAACCGAUUAUUGAACAAAUAGAGUGCUCGCGCGCAUCUAUCAGAUGAAUGAUAAAUGUUGAGAAUAUUUUAACUGAAUAAUUUUCUAGCGUACCGAAUUCAAUCUCCAUGUUUAUGUUUAGCAACAUGUCUAAUGUAGCAAGGCAUCUCCCGGGCACACUCUGAGUAUUUCGUUGAGUAGUCGUUGUUAAGAUUGUGAUAAGAGGCGCGGGCGCGUCGCGGUCACUCCGUGUGUCGCACUUAGUUCGUUAGCUCUAGCGAGAUGUAUUUUUGUAUGUCUGAGCGUUUAUCGUCAAUUGGACAAUGAGUUCGGAAAUAAUGUAAUUCUAAUUAAUAUAAAGGCUCUGUGCACAUCCAGCGGGUAGUCAAUAUAUUUACUGUUGAACCGUUUUGACUAGACUCGAUUAUUUAACAUGCAUUAACUAGUUUAAUCAUAAAUUAAACUGCUAAUUUAAUUGUGUCCGUAGUUCCACGAGUUUCAUUAUGAAAUAUAGUGUUUGUUAUUUACUGUUAAACGUGAGAGAAUGUUAGUAGCUGGAUUAUCCGCUGGCUGUGCGCGGCGCCUGAAACAAAAAGUCGUUGUUUCGUUCGUACCUGGAUGAUGAUAUAAUGAUCCGUCCAUACGGAAUUCGAUGUAGUUAGUUAAGGAGCUACUUAGAACCUUGUGUCCCGCUCCCGCCGUGUCGUGUCUAGCUCGCUCUCUCUCGCGCGCACUGGGGAUGCACGAAGCUAACUGUCUUCUAUACACGUAACGUUUUGUAACAGAGUUGAAGUGAACACUCCAUGUAUAUCAUACUCCAUGGUCUCCCUAGCCUCGUGCGUCCUCAGUCGCGGUCACGCUGUGACCUGUAGUCGUCUCUCUCUCACUCGGACAUUCUGUCUGUCAUCCUUCGCUCUUCCUCUCUCUGUCCCCCGUGGUAGUCCACUCUGUCGUCUUUGGUUUCUCGAGGCCGUUGUUCCCGGCAGCCACGCGGCUCACUCUCCUGCCGCCCCUCGUGCCGGGCGUGCAGGCGAGUGAGUCAGCGUGGCGGUGGUGCGGCCUCUCAGCCGGUAGUUCGCUCCGCGGCCCCCGCACCUCGCGUCUCCCGGCCGCGCCGUCCUCCGCGUGUCUCUCUACAGCAUCCAGUCCGUCGCGUCCAGCGUCGCCGGACACCCGACGGACGGCUGACGGACGUCCAUCCGGCGCGGCCGCGGUCCUCCUCAGUUCGUACUUAGCGUCCACUCGAUACGACGUGUCGCAUCUCGGUGCCAACAUAAUUUAAUAGAUCAUAAUAUAUAUUUACA